GACAAUCAGAUGCGAAUGUGAUAGUUGCAGCGAACCAGUGAUGUAUCCCAAAGCAGUAGUGUGAUUAUAAUAUAAUCGAGCAAACAUCGAUCUGCUGCCUAGAUAUCUGACUGAUGAGUACUAUUUUUUGGCUAUUAAUGCAACACAACCAUGCCCCAAGACAAGUUGCUGUCAUGCAUCUCGCUUCUCGUUGUCUUCUUAUGGUCUCACUAACUCACGUCCUUAUUAUGCUUCAAAUCUAUUAAUAUUGUGUCACAUUUAAAAGCUUUUGCAAAUGCUAAUUUAUUGUUGAUGGUCUCAAAAAGAUUUUUAUUUCCAUUGUGUAAGAUCACUAUCUUUUAAUAUAAAUACGCUUCAAUUUUCCUCUUUUCUCAAUCAGUUUUGCUGAGAUAUAGAACCAUAUUUUUUCAAUUAAAUAUUUUUAAGAUAUAACAGUUUACUAAUCAUGUCCGAAAAUUAUUAUCCAUUCUAUCCAGCCCCAUGGACAAAUAUUCAAAACAGUAAUGUUAUUGAUAAAAAUCAAAGUUCUGCUGGUUUUUUUAGGCCAAACCCCAAUAAAGAUUCUGGUUUUGAUUCAAUUCCAAAUAUACCUACAACCUUAUCUUCAUCUACGAGAACUCUUGCUAAUUCAUCUGUAUCUGAUCUAACAAGAAAACAAAUAGCUGAGAAUAACAAUAAAAAUAAAAUUCUUUUUGUUAAAAUUCAAAAUUUUCCUUAUUUGCCCACUUCUGAAAUUUCACUAUAUGAUAAACACAAUAAGAUCAUAACCUGGAACACAUUCUUAUAUUAUUUGAAAGAGUGUUCUUACCCUCAUAUUUCUUAUCUUUUAUUUAAUAAAAAUAUUAAUAUUUACUUACCUCAGAAAAACUGUUACAUCUUAUCUGAUCAUUGGCUAUAUUUCGUCAGCACUGGUAUUUAUAAAAUUAUUAUCAAAUUAAAAGAUAUUAAUUACAUUCGGAAAGGAUUUCCUCUAAAAAUUGUAAAAUCAAAAAGCAGUGCUAAUAAUAAAAAUAAAAUUGCACCAAAUUCUAAAAAUUCGGUUCAUAGAACAUCAAUUGAAAAUAAGUCUUAUGAUUUACCCAAACCUCCUAAACAAACCUGUCACUCAAAAAUUAUUCAUUGGCUAAUGAACUAAUUGACUCAGAUGUUUUUAUAAAAUACAUUAUUUUCCAACUUUCUAUUUUAUUAUUUUAUUAUAUUAAUCAAUAUAAUGGAUCACCUCUUCAAUCUGUUUUCUUGAAUUCCAUUUCUUAAAUCCUUUAAAUGUUUUGAAUUUUUAGAAAUUUGCGGUAAAUUUGUGAAGUUUUAAUUUUUUUUUCUUAUUUUCUUAUUUUUCUUUUGGUAUUUUUUAGUAUAUUUU